UUACUGGAAUACACAAAACGUAUAAAUUUUCUUAAUAUUCUGAUAACAUUUCUUUCUUUCCAAUUAUGACUUUUAAAAACCACUACCAAAACUAAUACAACCUCAUAUUUACUGUCUUUCCUAGAAUACACAAAAAUACACGUUAUAAGAUUUCCUAUAAUGACAUGAACUGAUGAGAUUCUAGCCCUAAUCGUUAUUAUCAAUCAGUCUAUGAGUUUAAUAAUGUAAUCUUAUCAUCAUUACCCGUAGAAACGCAUUAAAAGAAGCUUGAAAUUGACUAUAACUAGUAGUAGCCUAGUUAGUAGGACUCUCAAUUUAUGAUUAAACCGGUUUUCGAUAACCGUUUUCGAUAACCGGUUUUUCAGAAAUGAGUGUGAUUGAUUCGGUUAGCAGAGGAAAAAGAGAGAGGUAGGAGAAAGAAGAUAAUCGCCGUUGCUGACGUCACCGCCGGUAAUCAAAAAUCUCUCCUUUAACCGUAAUUUCUCUUUUAACUUUACCAAAAAUCCGAUCCAACAGAAAUUCUUAUCCUAAGCCUCUUUCUCCACCGCGCACGUUAGCCUCCUCUCUUUCCCACUCCGAGAUGGAGACGACGCCGGAGACUCAGUCGAAGACUCACCGUCUACCGGCGGGAAGAGAGGAUUGGUGGAGCGAAGACGCUACGGCGACAUUGAUCGAAGCUUGGGGAGAUCGUUACGUCAAUCUCAACCGGGGAAAUCUCCGGCAAAACGAUUGGAAAGAAGUCGCCGACGCCGUCAAUUCAAGCCACGGGAAUGGCCGGCCAAAGACCGAUGUACAGUGCAAAAACCGGAUCGAUACGUUGAAGAAGAAGUACAAAACUGAAAAGGCGAAACCUUUAUCGAAUUGGUGCUUCUUUGAUAGACUCGAUUUCUUAAUCGGUCCGGUUAUGAAGAAAUCGUCCGGUGCUGUUGUUAAAUCGGCGUUGAUGAACCCUAAUUUGAAUCCUACUGGAUCUAAAUCAACUGGUAGCUCUCUCGAUGACGAUGAUGAUGAUGAUGAUGACGACGAAGAAGAUGAUGAUGAUGCGGGUGAUUGGGGAUUUGUGGUGAGGAAGCAUCGUAAAGUUGAAGAUGUAGAUUCGAGUGAAGGAUCAGCCUUUAGGGAGCUAGCGAGAUCGAUUCUGAAGUUAGGGGAAGCGUUUGAGAGAAUCGAGGGGAAGAAGCAACAGAUGAUGAUUGAAUUGGAGAAACAGAGAAUGGAAGUUGCAAAGGAGCUUGAGUUACAACGAAUGAAUAUGUUGAUGGAGAUGCAAUUGGAGCUUGAGAAAUCUAAACUUGGGAAACGAAGAGCUGCUUCAGGUAAGAAGUUGUAGGAUUGUAGAUUGUGGAGGAGUUACUGAUGUGAAGCAAGGAGCAAUGGUUGGAUCUAAAGCUCAUACGAUUUGGAGAAGAUGUUAUUAUUAUUGAUCUUUAGGUUUUCUUAAGUUAUAGCGCGAUGCUUUUUUUCUUCUUCUUCUUUUUCAUUCUCUUUUUUAGCAUUGUAGAGUUACAUUGGUAGUAGCAAUGCGAAUUACCAAAAGAACUCUCAUAGUAUCUGACAUAUCAAGAUGUACUUUUGUGAAGUAUCAAUGUAUGAUGGUUUGUGUAUCAGUGUCUGCAGUUCCAAAUUGUGCUCA